UACGCAUUAAAAAAUAAGUAGAAUGUGUCUUAUGUCUUGCAUUCUUCGCCUUGUACUCGACUCUUCGUCGAGAGUUUACAUUCGCGUUUGGUCGAUUACACUGUUCAACAAUAAAUUACUUUUCCAACAUCGGAACAAGACUAGUCCUUUAUGCAAAUUUAAUUGCACAUUUCUUAAAAUUGUGACGUGAUGGAGCAAGUUCGAAACCGGAUUCGUGUUCAGCGUCCGAAAAACUAUAAAAAACGAUUAGUCUCGCUCCGAUGCUUUUUUCUUGUUGAAUUGUGUUAUCUCACUCUUCGACGGUGUGACGUCUGUAUGAAUUGCAAAAAGUCAAGUUCCACAAUACGGAUGCACGGGCAGGUUCUAAACAAUCACGAUCAGUCGGUGCCCACAUCUCUAAGAAUAAUGUGGAAGUGGUGGCAGUUCUGUUGUAUCCUCCUAUGCUUAUGCGCGAUGACAUCGUGCCAGAGGAGCGUUCUCGAUAUGCCUAUCCUCGUGCAAUUUGUACGCAUAUUUCGGAACUGGGGUUUGGGUGCUUUCGGUCGGACAGGGGCGGAUGAAAAAUAUCUACAAUUGGCGAGAGAUGCGGGCAAACUGCAAGAAGUCAUUCCCGAUCAUGUCCCGUUUCCGUGCAACGUGACAGUGGGGCGAUCAUCGGAGGUACCAGAUUCGGUGCAUAAAUUAAGACCAGGCGAUAUUGAUGUAAUUGGCGCCAUAGGUGACUCAAUCACGGCUGGAGCUGGAAUUUUCGCAACCAGUGUAUUUCACAUUUUAGUAGAUAACAGAGGAGUUACCGCAGCCGCUGGAGGUCAAGGCACAUGGAGGCAGUAUCUGACUAUUCCCAAUAUCCUCAAAGAAUACAACCCCAAUUUGAUAGGAUAUGCGCUUGGAGACUCAAUAGUACCAAACGAGGCAUCGCAGUUGAUUGUCGCAGAGAGCGGUGCCUUUUCCGAGGAUAUGCCGUACAUGGCUGAGGUACUAGUUACAAGGAUUAAAAGACAUCCAAAGAUAGAUCUACAAAAACAGUGGAAGUUCAUCUCAAUAAUGAUCGGAAGCAACGAUUUUUGUAGCGAUAUCUGUUGGGUUCCAUCACCUUGGUCAGUCGUUGAUAAACACAAAGCGAAAAUGCUUCAAGUUUUGCGGACACUAAGGGAUAAUCUGCCACGAACCUUCGUGGCCUUGAUUCCGCCACCGCAUUUAGGUGUUUUAGCCGAUGGUAGUCAAGGGCGAUUACCCUUGACAUGCUAUUUCACACAAAAUACUGAAUGUGGUUGCAUGAUCGGUCUUGCUCAUAAGAGAUUCAGGCCAAUGUAUGACAAUAUCAUACGACGGUGGCAAGAGAUAGAUAUGGAAAUCGCUACUUAUCCGGAAUUUCAGAGAGACGAUUUCGUAGUUGUAGGCCAACCCGUCAUAAUGGAUUUAACCGUUCCACGUGCGUCGAAUGGUUACGCCGAUUUAACGUAUUUAAGUGUCGAUUGUUUCCACAUUAGUCAAAAAGCGAACGCUUGGUACGCACUCGGUCUAUGGGAGAAUCUGUUCCAGCCAGUAGGUGCUAAAAUGACGAAGCUGUCCGACGAUCCACCGUCCGAAAAAUUUUAUUGUCCUACAGAGGAGAGACCUUAUUUGGCUACAAUGUUGAAUUCAAGAAAACAGAACGACUAACAAAACUGACUGUUAAUCACGUGAAUUAUGUGACAUUGAUACUUGACGAGAAAGAGAAAAAGAGAGAAAAAAUAUCAAUGGAGUUAUUGAGCCGUUGAAGUAGUUGUACUAUAAUGCUUGAUUUUCAAUAUUGUUGUAGUGUUAUAAUAUCUAAAGUUAUAGUAUUACGUGAAAUUGUCAUUAUAACUAUAGAAUAAGGAAAUUGUGGUAUUAUAAUUAUUUGAUUAUUGAUAGAGU